UCGCGUCUCUGCUUAAGAGACAUUUUUCAGUCCAUAACUUUGAAAAACUGUAUUCAUGUGAAUGUUGCUUGAAGAUGUUUACUCAAUCCGCAAGUUUCAUGAAACACGUGAGAAUUCACUCUGACAAAAAGCCGCAUUCGUGCGACUAUUGUUCAAAAGAAUUUUCUUGCGGCUCAAACUUAAAGAGACAUUUAAAACUCCAUACAGGCGAAAAGCCCUAUUCCUGUGGCUACUGUUCAAAGACUUUCUCUCAGGUAUCAAAUUUAAAGCAACACGUGAGGGUUCACACUGGCGAAAAGCCACUUUCGUGUGACUAUUGUUCAAAGAGAUUUUCUUGUGGUUCAAGCUUAAAGCAACACAUUAGAGUUCACACUGGCGAAAAGCCGCACUCGUGUAACUAUUGUUCAAAGUCUUUUUCUUCGCCGUCGCAUUUAAAGCAACACGUGAGAGUUCACACAGGCGAAAAGCCGCAUUCGUGCGACUAUUGUUCAAAAAAGUUUUCUUGCGGUUCAAGCUUAAAGCAACAUAUGAGGUUUCACACUGGCGAAAAUCCGCUUUCCUGUGACUAUUGUUCAAAACUGUUUUUUAGCGGUUCAAGCUUAAGGAAACAUUUAAAAAUCCAUAGUGGCGAAAAGUCCCAUUUCUGUGACUAUUGUUCAAAAUCAUUUUCUCUGGCAUCAAAUUUGAAGCAACACAUGAGAGUUCACACUGGCGAAAAGCCGCAUUCGUGUGACUACUGUUCAAAGACAUUUUCUUCGGCGUCAUAUUUUAAGCAACACAUGGGAGUUCACGCUGUCGAAAAGCCGUACUCGUGUGAGUAUUGUUCAAAGGAAUUUUCAUGCGGUUCAAGCUUAAAGCAACACAUGAGAGUUCACACUGGUGAAAAUCCACCUUCGUGUGACUAUUGUUCAAAGAAGUUUUCUUGCGGUUCAAGCUUAAAGAGACAUUUAAAACUCCAUAGUGGCGAAAAGCCCUAUGCCUGUGACUAUUGUUCAAAGAGUUUUUCUCUGGUGUCAUAUUUAAAGCUACACAUGAGAGUUCACACUGGAGAAAAGCCGCAUUCCUGUAACUAUUGUUUAAAGUGUUUUCCUCGGGCUUCAAAUUUAAAGCAACACAUGAAAGUUCACACUGGGGAAGAGCCGCGUUCGUGUGACUACUAUUCAAAAGAAAAUUCUAGUAGUUCAAGUUUAACGACAUGUUUUUAACUCUAUAUUGGCGAAAGCCCCCAUCCCUGUGACUAUUGUUAAAAGACUUUUUCUGAGGCUGCGAAUUU